ACACGGUGGAGCCAAAAGAGGAAGCACCAUGAACUAUAACUCAUGAUCACUUUCGUUCCCAAAUCCCAAUCAAAAUCAGCUUACAAUCAUCUCAUCCUUAAUCUUCCUCAAUUGCGUUUCCAGCGAACUCUUCAAAUGGCUCGUUCUGCAUUGGAUGAAAUGUCGGAUUCUGGUGCCUUUAUUAGAAGUCCUUCAACAUUCCGUAGUUUCAUCUCGCGAGAUCCAAAAUCUACUUUUCCAGCCGAGCCAGGAAGAUAUCAUUUAUAUGUGUCGUAUGCUUGUCCUUGGGCUUCGAGGUGCCUUGCCUACUUAAAGAUCAAAGGACUUGAUAAGGCCAUCAGUUUCACGUCAGUCAAACCCAUAUGGGAAAGAACGAAGGAAAGCGAUGAGCACAUGGGAUGGGUCUUCCCUGAUACAGAAACAGAGCAACAAGGGGCUGCACCAGAUCCUCUCAAUGGAGCAAAGAGCAUAAGAGCACUAUACGAGCUUGCGAGUGGAAACUACUCUGGAAAAUACACUGUUCCUGUUCUCUGGGAUAAGAAACUAAAGACUAUUGUGAAUAAUGAGAGCGAGGAGAUCAUUCGCAUGAUCAAUACUGAAUUCAAUGAAAUAGCUGAGAAUCCAACCUUGGACCUCUACCCUUCUCAUUUGCAAAGCCAAAUCAAUGAAUUAAAUGGCUGGAUUUAUAGUGGGAUAAACAAUGGUGUUUACAAAUGUGGAUUUGCUAAGAAGCAAGGGCCUUAUGAGGAGGCUGCUAAACAAUUAUACGAAGCUCUGGAUAAAUGUGAAGAAAUACUUGGAAAACAGCGAUACUUAUGUGGGAACGUUGUAACUGAGGCAGAUAUUCGUCUGUUUGUCACCCUCAUAAGGUUUGAUGAGGUUUAUGCGGUUCACUUCAAGUGCAACAAGAAACUUGUACGUGAAUAUCCGAAUUUGUUCAACUAUACAAAAGACUUGUUCCAAGUCCCAGGUAUGAGUAGCACUGUUAACAUGGAACAUAUUAAGAAGCAUUACUAUGGAAGUCAUCCUUCCAUCAACCCAUUCGGGAUCAUCCCUCUGGGCCCUGAUAUCGACCAUCUUUCACCUCACGAUAGAGAUCGAUUUUCUAGUUAAAUACAAUAUGUUGUGUGUAUUAUGACGUUCUCUAGCUGUCCUUUGUUUUGUUACAGCAAGUGUUGUUAUGUUUUGUUUACAAGUGUUUUUCCAUUAUAAUAAGAGUUUGCAAGUUGUAAACCAAACAUCCCAAUAUAUCUUAAUUAGGUGUUGUUUGAUGGGUUUUUCAUUAAGUCUUAUAUGUAUAAAAUUAUUUGUAUGAA